AUGGAGACCUUCCUAUUUACCUCCGAGUCAGUCAAUGAAGGUCACCCUGACAAGCUCUGUGACCAAGUCUCCGAUGCUAUCCUUGAUGCUUGCCUUGAACAGGACCCAGAGAGCAAAGUUGCCUGUGAAACAUGCACCAAGACAAACAUGGUCAUGGUCUUUGGUGAAAUUACCACCAAGGCUACCGUAGAUUAUGAGAAGAUUGUCCGUGAUACUUGCAGAGGUAUUGGUUUCAUCUCCCCUGAUGUUGGUCUUGAUGCUGAUAACUGCAAAGUUCUGGUCAACAUUGAGCAGCAGAGCCCCGACAUUGCCCAGGGAGUUCAUGGUCAUUUGACUAAGAAGCCUGAGGAAAUCGGAGCUGGUGACCAAGGACACAUGUUUGGUUAUGCCACUGAUGAGACUCCUGAGCUCAUGCCUCUUACUCACGUCCUUGCAACCAAACUUGGUGCCAAGCUGACUGAGGUCAGGAAGAACAAGACCUGCCCAUGGUUGAGACCUGAUGGCAAGACCCAAGUAACCGUUGAGUACAAGAAUGAGAAUGGUGCCAUGGUUCCCAUCAGGGUUCACACUGUUCUCAUCUCAACUCAGCAUGACGAGACUGUGACCAAUGACCAGAUUGCAGCUGACUUGAAAGAGCAUGUCAUCAAGCCUGUCAUUCCUGCCCAAUACCUUGAUGAGAAGACCAUCUUCCACCUGAACCCAUCAGGUCGCUUUGUCAUUGGUGGCCCACACGGUGAUGCAGGAUUAACCGGCCGGAAGAUUAUCAUUGAUACAUAUGGUGGAUGGGGUGCUCACGGAGGUGGUGCCUUCUCUGGCAAGGAUCCCACCAAGGUUGACAGGAGUGGUGCUUACAUUGUUAGGCAAGCUGCCAAGAGUGUUGUUGCUUCAGGACUUGCUCGCCGCUGCAUUGUGCAGGUUUCUUACGCCAUUGGUGUUGCAGAACCACUUUCAGUCUUUGUUGAUACCUACAAGACAGGGAAGAUUCCAGACAAGGAUAUCUUGGCCUUGAUCAAGGAGAACUUUGAUUUCAGGCCUGGGAUGAUUGCCAUCAACCUUGACUUGUUGAGAGGUGGCAACUUUAGGUAUCAAAAGACUGCUGCUUACGGACAUUUUGGCCGUGAUGACCCUGACUUCACCUGGGAGACUGUCAAGGUCCUCAAACCCAAAGCUUAA